AUGACUGGGUCCUUCAGGCUGUUGGUCUGCAACCCCGACAGGACCAUUGGCAUACACUGGUCGGAGGAUUGGUCGAUGGUGUACAAAGCCGGUUGGAUCCGUGUCCGGGACACGUGGCGGUCGACACUCCCGAUGAUACCGGAGGAGGCACUUUGGGUCGACGUCGUAUUGAAGAGACAAAGGCUGGAUGCUGAAGCUGCGAAUACCACUGCGAAGAAAAACAAAGCGGAAGAGCUGGAGCUCCUGCAACAAAACAUUGUGCUGCCUCCGGACGAGUUGCUCGAGAUCAAGAAGGAUGCGACCUCGAUCUUCGCAAGAUGUUCCAAGCCGAAGGAAGUGAGCUCGCACAAAAGGAUUCUUGUGUUCGCGCCUUUGGCUCUGCUCGAGAGACAUCACUGGGUUCUCGGGCCCAUCGUGAAAAUGGUCCCUGAAGGGCUGGAGCUUUUGAUGUACGGCCUCCUCAAAGGGUGCACUACUGCUGAACUGCCAGCCGACAGCAUUUUGCUCUUGGCACAGGAUGUCAAGGUCAUGCUGCAGACGCUUCGGAAGUAUCGGCGGCAAUGGUUGUGGUUGGCGAAGAAAACCAACGUGGAUUGGCCGCCAGGGGCAUCUAAGUAUCCUCGUGUCUUCAGCAUGGUCAAGGACAUGACAGGCGAUUUGGCCAAGCCAGACGGUGAUGAAGAUGAAUGCAGCGAUGGCGAGGAAAUCACUUCCGAAGCGCAGGAGCUGGCGGCAAUGUGGGCAGUGCCAGACACAGAUGGCGUUGAAGAACAAAUCCUGAAAAAGAGAAAGACUGCUCUGGAAGAGCUCCAGCAGACUACAGUGCUGCUCCAUGGGAGCAGUGAUGAGGAGCAGCCGCCGGAGGCUGCUCGGUCAUCGAGGGAUCCUGCACCGAUAUCGGCCCCGCCACGGGGGCCGGGUGCCUCGCAGAAUGCCGCACCGAUGCCGGGCCCGCCACGGGAGCCGGACGCCUACACACCGGAACCUGAAAGCCUGGAGGCAAUUGCAUGGUACAUGGGUGUCAAACCUCCCGAUGCUGUGGAUCUUGUCCAACAACGUCGGCUAGUGGCUGAGGCGAGGGCCAAAGGCAAAGCAAAGGCGAAGGCGAAGGCGAAGGCGAAGGCGAAGGCGAAUGCCUCCCGGGCCCACUACCGACUGAAGUUUCAGAACCGAAAGGGUGUGGAGAUGCCUUCGGUGUACGACAACGAGGAGAAUAAGCAAAUCCUGCAGCUCUCCACGAAGAUAUAUCCAGAUGCCACGGAGAAAGUCCGGGAAUGGGUUCGUCAAUUGAAUGAGGACGAAACAGACGUGGCGGCUGUCCUGUAUGAGUGCAACGAAAUCAAGGCGGCGAGGUCCUGA